UCUGGACCGAGUUGCAACUGAAAUACGGUGCAUGCGUGCACAGUUGAGAUAGCCUAGAUUCGCCGCUUUUCGUUGCUCUCACACACUCACACGCGUGACUGACAGGUCUUCACAGUAGCACAGCGAUGGGGAAAGGGUGGGGGCAGUAGUGUAGUCUGUACAGUGCCCUACAGUAAAAAGGAUUAAAGUACUCAAGCUUCUAAAUAGUUGUAGUGUGCAGUUUCGUGUAGACAUCGCCGCUUACGCACGUAUGAGUGCGGUAGCGAAGAGACGGAACCGGCUGGAGCUAGCAAGAUAGCUAAGAAAAACAACGUUAAAAUACAUUAAUUUUUCAGGCGCACGCAUUCAACCUCUCUCCCUCGAAUGCAUCUGCUAAGAAGUAGGGAGGGAGAGGGAAUAAGGAUGAAUAAAUAGGACAAAUCUGAACACACAGAAACUUUGACUUUAAAACUAUCACGAGCUUUAAUUAAGAAACCCAGAGGAAAGUAUCUAGCCAUGGAGAACCACGCAGGAGAACAGCAAAGCUACGAGGACGUUCGCAAGAGCGGCUAUCUCCGCAAACAAAAAUCUAUGCACCGGCGAUACUUCGUGCUUCGGACGGCCUCGGAACGGGGCCCGGCUCGGCUCGAAUACUAUGAGAGUGAGAAAAAAUUCCGAGGUAAAGCGCCUGUCCCGAAAAAAUCCCUGAAUCUGGAAACAUGUUUCAACAUCAAUAAACGGGCCGAUUCAAAGAACAAGUACAUGAUAGUACUGUACACUCGAGCGGAGAGCUUUUCCAUUGCGGCUGAAAGUGAGGCGGACCAGGACGAAUGGUUUCAGGCCAUGUUGGACCUUCAAUGUAAAAGCAAAACACCCAGUGACAGUGGCAGUGCUGGGGACUACGGGGUGCCCUCUCCUGGCCCUGCUUUCAAAGAGGUGUGGCAGGUCAAAGUGUGGCCUAAGGGUUUGGGUCAAGCCAAAAACCUGGUGGGCAUCUACCGGCUGUGCCUGACAGAGAAGACGGUCAACUUUGUCAAGCUCAACUCUGAUGCGGCGGCUGUCGUGCUGCAGCUCAUGAACGUCCGCCGCUGUGGGCACUCUGAGAACUUCUUCUUCGUGGAGGUGGGUCGCUCAGCAGUGACUGGGCCCGGGGAGUUCUGGAUGCAGGUGGAGGACUCCGUAGUGGCCCAGAACAUGCACGAGACCCUGCUGGAGGCCAUGAAGGCCUUGAGCGAGGAGUUUCGCCAGCGCAGCAAGUCCCAGUCCAACGCCACGGCUGGCGGAGGUGCCACUGCCUCCAACCCCAUCAGUGUACCCUCCCGACGCCACCACCCAAACCCACCACCAAGCCAGGUGGGCUUCACCCGUCGAGCCCGCACUGAGACCCCUGGGAGCACCGGCAAUAACAACACCUCCCCCACCCCCCGCCACAGCUUCCCCAGGGCACGCACAGCCAGCGAAGGUGGAAAAGUGGAGGAGGGCGGGGCGACAGCAGGCGGGACCCUGGCAGGCUCUAGUCCUAAUGGGUCCUGUUCCACCACCCCUAUUCUCAGGUCAAAUAGUGCUCGUGCACCCACGCCUGCCAAGACCCCGCUCACAUUAAUGCGUUCCACCUCCACCCCUGCCCCCUCCCCUGCCCCCAGCCUCUCCUCUAGCUCUGGCCAUGGAUCUGAAUUUGGGGGCGUGGCGGGUGGAGGGGGAGGAGCGGCCGGUGCCUAUGGACGCGUGCCUCACCGCACCUCAGUUUCGGGCUCCCCCAGCGACUACGGGUCCUCGGACGAGUAUGGCUCUAGCCCCGGGGAGCAUUCCCUCCUGACUCCUGACCUGCCAGGGGGUUCUGCUGGGAGCCUGAAUUACCACCCCCUGGGUGAGGAGCCCUCGAACUACAUCAUGAUGGGCCAGCGGGGGAUGUCUGGAGCCCUGCAGUCCCAGGCCUCCCACCCGCCCACCCGCAGGGUGCUGCGCCGUUCCUCCAGCCGUGAGUGUGAGGCAGAGCGCCGGCUGCUCAGCAAGCGGGCCUCCCUGCCCCCCAUGGCCCUGGAUCGCCUCACCCCACGCAAGAGAGGGGAGGAGAGCGAGGCGGAUGACUACGCCGUCAUGUCUCGGAGCGCGAGCCGUGAGUCCUUCACCUCCCGCCGGGAAUCUGGUAUGGGGCCGGGGGCCGGCGUGUACCUGGAUGUGGCUGGGGAGUUUCGUGAGAGAGGUGAAGGUGGAGGUGGAGGUGCAGGGGCUGAUACUGGGUACAUGUCCAUGUUGCCUGGAGUGACCGCUCCCCCUGUCUCGCUCUCCCAGUCUGUCUCUGUGGCCGUCUCCGAUUCUGGCUCCAAGCCAGCUGACGACUACAUGGCUAUGACCCCAAACAACAGCGUGUCCCCGCCACAGCAGAUCCAGCCUCCCCCCAACGGCUCGGACGGGUACAUGAUGAUGUCACCCAACAGCAGCUGCUCCCCGGACCAGAGAGGGAUCGGGGGGGCCUGGGUGGGCAGCAGCAGCGCAGACAGCAAGGCCGGCAGCGACUACAUGAACAUGUCCCCCAUUAGCACCCGGUCCGCCAACAGCACGCCCCCGCCCUCUGAGGGCCUCCCCCACUCUGAACCGCAGCAGCAGCCGCUUCCCCCAAAGAUGGUUUAUUCCUACUACUCCCUGCCCCGAUCUUACAAGCACAUGUCCCCUGCUUACUUUGAGGAUGAUGGUGGCCGAGGCAAGAGGCCCAGCGGCAGCAGCAGGGGUGGAGAUGUGACCAGGGGAGCGGCCAAUCAAGGCGGACAAGAGCCCCCUGUGGGGCCGGCAGUGGGGCGCCACCAGUCCCUGUCCUCGUCCUCCUACUCUUCCAGCUCAGCCAGCAGCGAGAGCCUUGGGGAGUCUGAGGAGAGGUCAGCCAAGUCUGCAGGGGUGUUGGGGCGCUCAAAAAGCUCAAAAGAUGGGAGUCUCCAACAGAGACGGGUGUCUGGGACCCAGCAACAGGGCCAGCAGCAGCAGAGUCGGAGGCCUGUCAGCCUGUUUGUUGAUGUUUCUAAAGCCAACACCCUCCCCAGAGUUCGAGAGGCACCUCUACCUCCGGAGCCCAAGAGCCCCGGGGAGUAUGUCAGCAUUGAGUUCAGGGGAGACAGGGGCGGAAGAGCGGGAGGGAUGGGGAAAGGUCAGAGUCCUGGGGUGUCACUACCAUCAGGACCCCUUAGGUCCCUGCACCGACCAACCUCCUGCCUGGCUGGAUUCCUACCCCUCCCUCGCAGCCCGUCCACUCCACAGACCCCUCCCUCUGCGUCCGAGUAUGUCAAUAUGGACCUGGGUCCCUCUCCUUCUCCUUCUCCUCUCUCUUUAACUCCUCUGGGGUUCCCCUCCUUCUCUACCCCUGCAACACCGACAGGCGUUGCCCCUAAGGCCAGGGAUGAGAACAGGACACCACCACAACGGGAGGAAGGGGUGGACGAAGGCCACAGGAAGGACAGCGUGACCGAAUCCCCAACCUCAUGCGCUGAUUACACGGAGAUGGCCUUCAGUUUGAGUGGUGCUGCCACACCCAGCUCUACUGCCACCACUAAGCCCCCUUCUCCCAGCAAACAGGACCAGCCCGGACCUAAACUAGUCCUGGGGCUGGGUUUGGACUUCCCUUUGGUCAAGGCUAGCUCUAACCCUGACCAGGGUGCCAAGGUGAUCAGAGCUGACCCUCAGGGCAGGCGGCGACAUUGCUCUGAAACCUUCUUGGCUCCUCCACCCCUGCCCCCUUCCUCCUCUUCAUCCUCCUCCUGCUCCUCCUCGUCCCUCUUCCCAGAGCACACCCAGGCAGUGGCACGUAGGCUCGGCUUUGACGGUAUGCUCUGGAGUAAUGGAACAGCCCCUGAUGUCCCCCCACAAUGUGUGAACUCCGGGCCGUCUGUUGCACCCGCUGCUCAGGCUCCAUCCAUGGAGCAAGGCCUCAACUACAUUGACUUGGACCUUGUUAAUAAAGAGAGCCAACAUUCAGCUCCAGAAGGACCUGGCGCCGCCCAGCCCCUCCCCCCUCGCCUCUACUCAACUGUGUUGAGCGGAGGGGCAGUGGGCGGGGUGGCAGGAAGCGGAGGGGCGAACGGUACCACCUCAAAUCUCAAUACCUACGCCAGCAUCGAUUUCUACAAGUCAGAGGAGCUAAGGACACACCAGAAUGGUAGCAAGGAUGGAACAGAAUGUUGAUGUCCCUCCUCCUUCUUUGGAAUUGCGGGAAGGCAAACUUUAUGAGGAAGCCACAUCGCCCUGUCCUCGUCCAGACACCGGUGGAGACGGAAGGGGAUGGGCUCGCAUCUCGGACGCUCGCAGACCCUGAGAAGCUGGACAGGCCCCUGAAGCACUUUGAGAAUGCUGACUUUAGUUUUUUUUUUUUUUUUUUUUGCUUUCAGGCAUUUGGUUCCCACAGCCAAUGGGAGUGCAUGCCAAAAGACCUGGUGAUUUGGAUCCCACAGCAAGGGAAUCUUACAGCCAAUCAGAAUAGCGUAUCAAGACUAUUACUGCCAACCAAGAGCCAAUAAUAUCAUAAAACAACUAAAACAAAAUAAAGAGGAAGAAAGGAAAUGAGAAUUGAUCUAAUAAUAGGUAGAUCAAAAUAUGUAGUGUAAUUAUGACAACUAAAUAUAAACCUAACUUUUUUAAAAAGUGCCUCAUUUUUGAUUGUAGCCAUUUUUACAAGGAAAAGAAAGCUCUAUCACAAUUUGAUCUGACAGAAAGUCACAUUUGUCUUUUUGUGCUCGUUUUGUAGUGUAACUAUGGUGAAGACAUUAAAAACACAAAAAGAAUGGAAGUUAUGUAAGUGAUGAUAAUGAUAAUCAGAUGGCCUUACUGUGUUGUUUGAAGCAUUUAAAGAGCAGCCUCUUUUCACUUUACUCUGUGCCUGCUGCAAAGAUCUGACUGACUGCUGUCAAUCACUCUGCCCUUCACUAUAUAGUCCAACAGCCUCAGUCAUUGUCACUAUACAGCAUUUUACACACCCAUUCAUGUACAGGCUCUAACUCGCACACCAAGGAGUGGUGUGCGCGUGUGUACAGUAAUCACAAAUACAGAUUCAAGUAUAUGUAGUAUUCUGCAUGCCAGGACACAUUUAUUCUUGUGAAUACAAAUAGUCUUUCUCACACACUUGUUCGAGCCCCACCGAUGUACAUCGACCGGACAAAUCAGGGUGCGGUGACUACAGCACAGGAAACAGUCCCCAGUGCAGUGCUGGAGUGAUGAAUACUGUCACAGUCUGUCAUCGCAAAGACGCUUGAGUGGAUCACUGCCGGGCUCAUUCAAACUGCAGCUGACUCUGAAAAAGACCUGAUUGGACAGGAUUGGUGCGAUCGAUCUCAUUAAAAGAUUAGGACAGGUAUAGCUCUCUUAAUCCCUGUGUGUGCAAAACCUGUAAGUGUCACCAUGGAAGGUCAGGCUGGUUCGCUGCCAAGACCCCGGCGAGGACCGUCGGAAACCGCCCCGUUUCUGUUUGGCCACGCCUCCCCUGUGUGUGUCUGUGAUCCUCAGGCGAAAUGAACUUACCCCCCCCCCCCCGCCAUCCAGGACUCCCCCCGCCCCUCCUCUUCGCGACAGCAGCCCCCUCCUGUCUAUUCUCCAGUACAGGGUAGAACCAAGGCGGCAGCAGUGUCCGGUCUUUUCUUCGCCUCUCCUUCACUCUGUAGAGAAACUUUGCUUUACACGCUGCAGCUAUGCAUCAGCAAAAACACUCAAGUGCCUGUGUGUCCACCCCUCCUUAUUCCCCCGUUCUGCAGUCUGCAGUGUUCAUGCAGAGGAGAUCCUCCUGCUUAUAUAUAGUGUUUAUUUUUUUGUGUCUCUUUAGAAGAUGUACAAUUCUGUAGCAGUAGCCUUGCCCCCGUGCUGUUGCUUGAUAAUGUAGACCCAUUGUAGGUCUGGACUUACACCAUUUAUGCUCACUGGGGGAGAAGCACUUUUUCUCUUUCGAAAAGACAUUCUGUUGAUGGCAGUUGGUACCAAAAUACAAUCUCUGUGUUGCUUGCACACAGACCAUUACAAAAAAGACUUGUCAGUUCACACUGCAGAUAUGUGAAUUACAGUCUCAUUUCCAUGACAAAGUAGUCUGCUAUAAUUAUUGAAAUGUACAGUGUUUUUCUUUAAAAAAUAUAUAUAUUUUCACAACAAUUAAGGAGACACUCUUGCCCCAUAACCUUCCCUGGCUUAGACAUGGGACAGGUGUGUUUUAGGACUGCCUCCAAGAAGAUUCAACCCUGAGUAACUUGAAGGUUCAUGGUUUGUUUUGUAAUUGAUCAGUAUUCCUGUUCUUUUGGUUUGAUCUGAACAAUGAAAGAAUAUAGCUAGGGGAAAAUACAGAUAAGGACAAUGUAUGUAUAUCUGUUUUUUUGUUUUUUUUUUGUGUCUGUGUAAAUAUUUUGUGUCUAUCAAUCUGUAUUGCCAGAGUCAAUUAAGUGGACCGAUGUAAUGUGAUUGGUUGGUGAGUACUAUUAUGAGGUGGUAAUUGCUUAUAGUGUACAGUUGGUAAUUGGUGGCCCAAAUCUCACUUUGUAUUUUUUUGCUGUAGACGGUUGUAACGUAACAAGGAUGUACUGUACUGCCAACAUAAUAUUUUAAGCAAUUAUUAGAAGAAUUAAAUGAUUAUAUUAAGUUGAGUAAAGGGUAGUAAGGAUUGUUGUGAUCGUAGCAGAUGCAAAAUUAACCUGUACUGUUGCUGAUAAACCAUCUGCAAUUAUGGGGUUGGAGUGUCACCUUUACGGUCCUUGUAAAAACAACCAUUUCCAUGCCGAAGGAGAAAGAGAGAAAUGUAAUAAUAUAGCUAUUAAUAAUGGUAAUGAUGAGAAUGAUGUGUUGGUAAUGGGUGUAUAGGCUCUAAGUUGCUGUAUUUUCUUGUAUAGAAGUAGAAUUUAUUGGGUGGGGAGGCUUUUUUCCUGCUUAUGGGGAUUGUUGAAAAUGCAAGGUUAUGAUACUUGCCUGUGAUGUAGAAAAUGUCACUGUUGCUUGAAAAACAAAAAUGAAAUGAAAAAAGGACAGCUGAAUAACA